AUGCCGAGAACCUUGACCGCCAAAAUCGGACCUUCGAUCUUAAAUGCGGAUUUAUCGAGACUUUCGGAAGAGUCUCAGCGAUUGUUGGACUGUGGAGCAGAUUUUUUACAUUUAGAUGUUAUGGAUGGACACUUUGUUCCUAACCUCACAUUCGGACACCCAUUGGUCAAAUGUCUUCGAAAUAAAAUUAAAAAUGCAUUCUUUGAAACGCACAUGAUGGUGUCGAACCCUGAUCAGUGGAUCGAACCUAUGGCAGAUGCAGGCGUGAAUCAGUAUACGUUUCACGUCGAGCCUGUCGAAGAUGUUCCCGCGGUAUGCAGAAAAGUACAAGAAGCUGGUAUGAAGGUGGGAGUUGCACUAAAACCUGGAACACCUGUGGAUGUAGUUGCAAAUUACAUAGAUUUAACAGACAUGGUUCUUGUGAUGACAGUGGAACCAGGUUUCGGUGGACAAAAGUUUAUGGGCUCGAUGAUGGAAAAAGUUCUUUGGUUAAGGAAAAAUUAUCCUACAUUAGAUAUUGAGGUAGAUGGAGGUGUUGGCCCGAAUACUAUUCAGGAUUGUGCAAAAGCUGGUGCAAAUAUGAUAGUAUCCGGAACUGCGGUUAUCGGAGCAAGUAAUCCCGAGAAAGUUAUAUCAAGUUUAAGAAAUACAAUAAAUUGCGCUCUUGAAAAGAUAUAGUAAAAAAUACUAUAGGAUAAUAAAAGAUAUAAUUUGCACUUUUUAAAAA